AUGACAUCGUCCAGUUCUAUGGAAAAGAGAAGCCCACUGGCCGAGAGAGGAAGCAUCGACCAUGGCGAAGGUAUGGUUCACCACAUUACCUCGAACAGAAUAGUCCAACAACCCACCCAUGUACAACACCUAGAUGAUAUUGCCAUGUCCAACGAGAAGGAUGCUCGUCGGUUGUUGAAAGAAGCACAGGCUAACUUGGAGUAUCUGGCUGAGACUGGAUACGCACCAGAAUUGAGAAGAAGUUUCAGCACGUUUGCAUUGAUUGGAGUUGGUUUUGGAAUCACAAACUCGUGGGCUGGUAUCAGUGGAUCUUUGAUUGCGGGAAUUGCUUCUGGUGGACCAAUGAUGAUUGUUUAUGGUAUCAUUAUCGUUUCGUUCUUUUCAUUAUGUACAGUAAUUUCAUUGGCUGAAAUGGCGUCAGCCUAUCCAAAUGCGUCAGGCCAGAUCUACUGGACAAUGAAGUUGGCACCACGCAGACUAUCAAGAGGAUUGUCUUAUACAACUGGGGUUCUUUCAUGGGCUGGUUCGGUUUUUACCACUGCCAGUAUCACGAUUACAACUUCAAUAGCUAUAGUUGCAAUGUAUGCUUUGUUCCGCCCAGAGUUUGUGGUCCACAAAUGGCAAGUGUUUGUGACUUAUCAAAUCUUCAAUGUGGUGAUGUCGGUUUUCAAUAUCUACGAUCGUCCAUUACCUGCUAUAUUCAUGGGAACGCUUGGUAUUUCGAUUCUUUCCUUCAUUGUUGUCCUCGUUACAGUUUUGGCUAUGCAUAAAGGAGACUUCCAAAGCGCCAAAUUUGUGUUUGUUGAAUUUCAAAACCAGACAGGAUGGAGCUCGUCAGGGGUUGCGUUCAUUGUUGGUUUGAUCAACCCCAAUUGGAGUUUCAACGGACUUGAUGCGGCCACACACAUUGCAGAGGAAUCACUUAACCCAUCUACUGAUAUACCAAAAGCACUCAUCUACACGAUCAUCAUUGGGUUCAUCACUACAUUCUCGUAUUGUAUUGGUAUAUUCUUUUGCAUAAAGAAUUUGGAUGCUGUGUUGACCACAAAUACGGGUUUACCAUUCUUGGAGAUUUUGCAUCAAUCAACAGGAUCGAGAGGAGCUGCUUUAGGAUUGGGUAUAUUGUUGGUUCUCACCUCGUUUGGAUGCACGAUUGGUUGUCACACCUGGUCGGCAAGAAUCUGUUGGGGUUUCGCCAGAGACAAUGGGUUGCCAUUUUCAAAGUAUUUGUCAAGAGUUAACGACAAGACUGGAACUACCGUCUAUGCACACUACAUGUCGUGCUUCUGGGUUGCUGUUAUUGGAUGCAUCUACUUGGGUUCCGACACCGCAUUCAACUCGAUCCUUGUGUGUUCCGUGAUCUUUUUGUUAUUGUCAUACAUGGUUCCCACCAUUUGUCUCAUGUUCAAGAGAGACCAGAUCCAACAUGGCCCAUUCUGGUUGAACAAGUUUGGAAUUGGAUUGAUUUGUAAUAUCGCUCUCGUUAUUUGGACUAUAUUCACCACGAUUUUUUACAACUUCCCUUCCACAAUGCCUGUUUCUGGAAGCAACAUGAAUUACUCAUCAGCUGUGUUUGGUGUUGUGUUUAUUCUUUUCUUCUGUGAUUGGAUUAUCCGUGGCCGCAAGGAGUAUAUUGACAUUGAGGAUAGAGAGGGCCAAAAGGAUGCUUUGACGCACGAGUUAUCCAACCAAGUGUCGAACAUCGAAGUCAUCUUGUCCCAUCCACAGAAGUAA